AUGAAUCAGACGUCAAUGGCAGCGAUCCAAAGGUUGUAUGAGGCAAUUGUGAAAGGUAUUUGGACAGAAAUAUGUGUCUGUCUACCUAAAAAUCUUAUCCUUCAACCACCACAUCCGUCAGACUGUAAAAACCUAAUUCUUCCACUUACGCAAUAAGUGACUAGUUUCAGGAAACUAGGCGUGUGUCACUAGUUCCCAGGAGAGGCAUUUGGAUGUAAACUUAUUUUUUAUCAAAAUGUGUUUUGGGGCAGAAAUGAACUUUCAUGUGCCUUAAUAACAAACUAGUAUGCCAUCUGUAAAUACAAAUACAAUUGUUGAAUUACCAGCCUAGUUGGUUUAGCCUUGGAAAAAGACAGGAACCUUCCCGCUAGCCAUGAUUGGCUGAGAUAAUGGAUGCCGAGAGAUGAGUUUGGAUUGGUCUGCUAUGUAGCACGGCUCUCUCUAUAACAUGAGCUGGUCAGUAUGUGUAGGUAAUCCUUUCUAACGUGGCUUUUAAAAAAUAUAUAUCAUGUAGAACUGCAACUUGUUGCUCUCCACUUUCUGGAGGAACAAGUUUUGAAAUCAGUGGAAUGCUCGGUGGAAGCAGAGUAUGACAGCUAAGGAGAUGGAGAAAAUUCUGGCUUUUGAUUGCAAAUAUGCAGAGGAACUUGAAAAGAGAACACAGAAGGCUGUUGUAUAAAACACUGGAUUACGUCUUCAAACUAAGGGCAACCAUGGCAUCCGUGACAGAGAGGGAGAAGGGUUCAUCCAUGUAUACGGGUAAGAGAGUCUAGCUAGCUACAUUUUCAGAUAUUAUACGUUUCUAAUUUUGUCAGAAAGUCAUUUUCAUUGCAAGUUAAAGUGUACUGUUAGCUAGCUAACGUUAGCUUGCUGGCUCGCUAGCUAACGUUGCGUGUAUGAUUUGUUUAGUAAUAAAAGGUGUAUUUCAGAGCCAUUUGCAUUGCUAGUUACAGCCUAAUGUUAGCUAGCUUACAUUGAACCUGGUUGGUUAGCUACCAGCAGAUUCAUGCAGGGUAGUAACGUUACGAUUUGGGAUUAUGGUUCAUUGUUUAGCUAGCUAGCUAGCUACAUGUCUAAACAAAAGACUCCACUAUGCAAGAAACCAUUUCAGUGUACCGUUUACAACUUAUUCAUCCUGUUCAUGUGACACAUGAACUUUGAUUUUGUUUGAUAUAGUGUGUGUGUUUACCAGAGACGGCAAUGUGAAGAACAACAUGAAACUGCACCAAAGUCAAAUUAGGAUAUAACGUUAGGCCAACGAGACAGUGUCCAAGUUAUAUAAUCCUCUGCUAGAAUGCCCUGCUUUUAUUUCGUCACACUCACAACCAUGAGCUAUUUUCUGUAAUUAGCUCGCCAUUAACUUGUAAAAUAAUGAUUUAGUUGUGAGUUUAUUUUCCUGUAAUAAGGAAUAUAAAUGAGUUAAAGGGAAGACGUUGUCAGCUAUAUGAUAUGGUCAUUAUUGGAACUGGCUAGCCAGCUAACUUAACGUUAGUUAGACAGCUAACAAGCUAGAAACAAACCAAAACAUUGUUUAGAAAGUUGCUUUUAGUCAACUGGUUUGCUAGUUUGACAUUCAUUUUUAAACAGGUGGGUUUAUUGGUGUUAAAGAACACUAGUUAUGCUAUUUUGGACCACCAGGCUGCUGAUGAACAGGAGACCAGAUACACCACCAUCAUCAACCAGGUUGAACCCUGAUAGCCCCCCAGGAGACCAGAUACACCCCUAUUAUCAACCAGGUUGAACCCUGAUAACCCCCAGGAGACCAGAUACACCCCCAUCAUCAACCAGGUUGAACCCUGAUAACCCCCACCCCCCCAGGAGACCAGAUACACCCCCAUCAUCAACCAGGUUGAACCCUGAUAGCCCCCCCAGGAGACCAGAUACACCCCCAUCAUCAACCAGGUUGAACCCCUCAUAACCUACUCCCCAGGAGACCAGAUACACCACCAUCAUCAACCAGGUUGAACCCUGAUAGCCCCCCAGGAGACCAGAUACACCCCAUCAUCAACCAGGUUGAACCCUGAUAACCUACUCCCCUGGAGACCAGAUACACCACCAUCAUCAACCAGGUUGAACCCCUGAUAACCCCCCAGGAGACCAGAUACACCCCCCAUCAUCAACCAGGUUGAACCCUGAUAACCCCCCCUCCCCAGGAGACCAGAUACACCCCCAUCAUCAACCAGGUUGAACCCUUCAUAACCCACUCCCUAGGAGACCAGAUACACCCCCAUCAUCAACCAGGUUGAACCCUGAUAACCCCCAACCCCCAGGAGACCAGAUACACCCCCAUCAUCAACCAGGUUGAACCCUGAUAGCCCCCAACCCCCAGGAGACCAGAUACACCCCCAUCAUCAACCAGGUUGAACCCUGAUAACCCCCCCUCCCCAGGAGACCAGAUACACCACCAUCAUCAACCAGGUUGAACCCUGAUAGCCCCCCAGGAGACCAGAUACACCCCCAUCAUCAACCAGGUUGCACCCUGAUAACCCCACCCCCCAGGAGACCAGAUACACCCCCAUCAUCAACCAGGUUGAACCCUGAUAGCCCCCAACCCCCAGGAGACCAGAUACACCACCAUCAUCAACCAGGUUGAACCCUGAUAACCCCCCCCUCCCCAGGAGACCAGAUACACCCCCAUCAUCAACCAGGUUGAACCCUGAUAACCCCCAACCCCCAGGAGACCAGAUACACCCCCAUCAUCAACCAGGUUGAACCCUGAUAACCCCCAACCCCCAGGAGACCAGAUACACCACCAUCAUCAACCAGGUUGAACCCUGAUAACCCCCACCCCCCAGGAGACCAGAUACACCCCCAUCAUCAAGCAGGUUGAACCCCUGAUAACCCACUCCCCAGGAGACCAGAUACACCCCCAUCAUCAACCAGGUUGAACCCCUCAUAACCUACUCCCCAGGAGACCAGAUACACCACCAUAAUCAACCAGGUUGAACCCUGAUAACCCCCAACCCCCAGGAGACCAGAUACACCCCCAUCAUCAACCAGGUUGAAACCUGAUAGCCCCCCAGGAGACCAGAUACACCCCCAUCAUCAACCAGGUUGAACCCUGAUAACCCCCAACCCCCAGGAGACCAGAUACACCACCAUCAUCAACCAGGUUGAACCCUGAUAACCCCCACCCCCCAGGAGACCAGAUACACCCCCAUCAUCAACCAGGUUGAACCCCUCAUAACCUACUCCCCAGGAGACCAGAUACACCCCCCAUCAUCAAGCAGGUUGAACCCUGAUAACCCCCACCCCCCAGGAGACUAG